UAGACAAGGCGUCUGGGGCGAGGCCAGCUGCAAGCAAUAGGCUUUAGGGAGCCGUCCUCGGCCCUGCGGUUUGCUUGGCAGUCCAGUCCCGGUCUGGCCGCCCCUCCACACAGCAAGGAUGCCCCUGGAGUUCCGGAGAGGCCGAAAGAGGCAGUUUGAACACAUCAUCCCUGGCCUUCUCCCUGCAGCCAGCAUCGCGCCAAAGGCAGCUGUGCCCCGCACACCUCCUCCACGCAGCCCCAAUCCUUCCCCAGAGAGACCAAGGUCCGCCCUGGCUGCAGCCAUUCUGGCAACAACGUUGACAGGCCGGACCGUUGCCAUUCCUCAGCCUCGCCGCAGAUCCCACUCCGAGAGUGACACGACCUACAAUGAAAAGGACAGUUUCAUCGAGCCCUAUGCCACCACCUCAGAGCUGAGGCCUCCACCGCACUGGCAGAAUGAGACAGGAAGAUCUUCUUUGCCGUCCUUUGAAAUGCUGGGCUACGAGGACAAAGAGGACACUGACACACACCUGUCAUCCAGCCACAAGGACGCCAGUGUUCCCAGAGAAGAGGAAGGUCUCAGCAGUGCCCUGUAUGCCCUGCCCCACAGAAAUCAGAUUCCAUCGUCAUAUGGGACAGACAGUGAAGAUGAGGCAAAUAUUUCUGAACAAGAUGGGUUUCCAGGCUCACCUCUUAUACCAGAGAGCACACGAGAAAAAGAUGAUAAACAUUCUCUUCUGAAUUUAAAGGAUGAAAAGCCACCGUUAUGUGAGAAACCUCCACCUUCUCCAGAUAUAACUGGUAGAACACGUCAAAGAUGUAUAGAAAGAACCAAAGAAAAGUUCGAGAAAUUAAAAGAAGAAAAUUUGCAUCUAAACAAUGCAAAUCAAACCCUUAGUCUUGAACUUAACUUAAUGAAGCAAGCAAUGAAAGAACUACAGUUAAAACUUAAAAGGAUGGAAAAAGAGAACAGAAAGCGGAGAGAGGUUGAGAAAGCAUCAUCUCAGGAAGUAGUUGCUGCCCCUGAAUUACAUUAUCUAAGAAAACAAGCUCAAGAACUGGUGGAUGAAAAUGAUGGGUUGAAAAUGACUGUCCAUUGUUUAAACGUAGAACUGAGUAGAUAUCAAACCAAAUUCAGGCAUUUAUCCAAGGAAGAGAGUUUAAAUAUUGAAGGCCUCCCCUCAAAGGGCCCUACACCACCCUGGUUGUUGGAUAUGAAGUACCUGUCCCCCUUGCUGCUGGCCUACGAAGACAGAAUGAAAGAGAAGGAUGAGCUCAAUGCCAGCCUUCAGGAGGAAAUGAGAACGUUUAAGAUGCGAGUGCAAGAAGUGAUAAAAGAAAAUGAAGAAUUGCACCAAGAGUUAAAUAAGAGUAACCCUGUCACCACUGAGGAUAGGCGUCAGCUGCAGACUCAAGCAGAAUUGGUUUUAGAGGAAAACAAGUUGUUGAUAGAGCAGUUGGCGAUUCAGCAAAGAAAAGCCAGGGACACCCACCAGGAGCACGUCCAGGAAGUUUCUAAACUGACUAAGCAGUUAAUGCUUCUGGAGACUAAAGCACAGAGCCAAGAAAAGGAGCUAAAUGAAAAUAAGGAGCAACUGGAAAUUGUACGUGCCGAAUGCCAAGAACUAAAAACACACUUGGACAGCAAAGUGGCGAUGGAAGUUCACACUUCCAUUGUAAAUGAAUUGAAGAGCCAGUUGCAGAAGGAAGAAGAGAAAGAAAAUGCUGAGAUGGAAGACUUAAUGGAAAAGUUGAUGGUCUUGCAAAUGCAGAAAAAGAGCCUGUUGAUAGAGAAGAACAAUCUGAUGGCUACAAAUAAGGCACUGGAAGCCGAACUUGAAAAGGCACAGAAAAUAAACAGGAGGUUUCAAAAGAAAAUCGAUGUCCUCAAAAAGCAGGUGGAAAAAGCCAUGAAGAAUGAAAUGUCUGCUCACCAGUACCUGGCAAAUCUUGUAGGCCUGGCAGAGAACGUAACCCAGGAACGUAACAGUCUUAGGUAUUUGGCGAAAUAUCUAGAAAGAAAGAAUUAUGGCAUUCUCAACAAAGUCAUAGAAGGCCACAUUCAUGUGGGAAUGUUGGAGGAAAAGUUCGAGGGGUACAGGAAGCAGGCAGCCCUGGAACUGGGUGACAUCAAUCACUGCCUGGCAGAGCAGCAGGAAGACUUCGCUAGCAAGACAGCUCAGUACCAGCAGGAGGUGAGGUACCUCCACCGGGUGCUGCAGGAGAAACAGGAUGUCCUGGAUGAGGCGCUGAAGCAGAAAAGAGAAGUGGAAGGCGAGCUCGAGGUUGUCUGGGAGUCCACCUCCAAGGAGAACCAAAGGAUCCGAGAGCUUCUCCAGGCCGUGCUGGAGAGGGCAGGCCCGGGGGACACCCCCAGAGCUUUGGAGGACCCCCGCAUGGACGCCGACUCGCCAGGAGACAGGCUGGACGGCUGCAGCUUCAGCUACUGUGACAUGAGGCCACCCCCCACUGCCCGCCAGGGUCUGUGGGAGCUCCUGGGCUAGAGCCCCCUCGGCGGAGGCACUGCCUUCGCGGGACAAGGCAGGGCAGGCCCACCGCCGCUGAAGCAUUUCUUCUCCUCAGGGCAAGGAAGGGAUAACCUAUUUCAAGGAGGACAUGGAACCCAGGUUUUACAUUUUGCUUUAUUUCUUAAACGUUCCCCUGAAGCACAUUUAGCCAGUGCACGUCCUCUGACCCCACUGCCACUGAGCGGGGCUCUGUGAGACCCGUUGCUCAUGCUGACGGGUGACCUGAUGAACUGACCUGUCUCCGGACUCCUAGACCUGCACGGGGAAGCACCAGCGGAAACAGCAGACAGGAUGGAACACCCAGCCCGCGUGACUGAUGCGUGUGUUUAACCAGACAAGCCGUCCAUGGAGGCAGCAGCCUUGAUAUCUGUGCAUUACGUCUAGGUGGCGUUUUAUUGUUUGGUAAAAAAACAGGUGCUGGUCCUUGUGCCCCAGUAAGUUGUAGAAAAUCUGUUCUGCCUCCACCUCCAGCCCUUGUCUGUCCGCCCACCUGGGAGGGAACUUCUGCUGCGAAGCCACCCUCACCCCCCACCCCCUCGAGAGCCUUGAUCCUGAGCACCAAGGCAGGGUCCCUGCCCCCACCGCCACCCCCGAGAAGGGUGCCAGGGCCUUGGUCCUGCUCCACCCUGUGCCUCCUCCUCAGGUAGGUCACCCCCGCCUCGCAGGACCAUUCACAGGGACGUCCCACCUGCCUCGGGCUGCUUGUCCCCUGCCUGCUGGAAGAAGGCAGGGACAUCACCUACCAAGGACCCUAAACAGUGGUACGGAGGGUAGAAUUCUGCCGCAUCCUCAGACAAAACCCCUCAGAGCCACGACCUGUGUCCUUUCAGGUGUGCAGAGAGGCCCGGCAUUGGUCCCGGGUCCCGGGUCCCGGGUCCCAGGUGAGAGUGAUGCAUCUGCGCUUUGGUCGCUAGGUGGGAAGUUGAGAUAGAAAGUCAUCAUUACCUUUUAUUAAACUUGUUCAACAGUUAAAGAACUAGAAUUUUUUUUCAUUUUCCCAGGGAUGGAAAGACUCACCGGGACUUUAACCUCUGUAUGGUCUCCUAGGAGAUGACUUUGAUGUUAUUUCAGGGGAGCUUGGGCCACCUGCCUAACACCCUGCAGACAGGCUGGAAGGUGGCAGCAGCCCCGUGAGCCUCCUGCCUCCAGACCUGCGCACAGGGGGCAGCUUGUCCGUGGGUCGCUGCUGUUGCCACAUCACCUGGAGAACCACAUUUGUUAACCCUGCCUUUUUCUGGCCUUCAGAGAGAGUAUUUUAUUCCCUUGAGAAAUGAAUGUUUUUCCACUUCUGCUCUAUCACAUGUUACCAACAUACUUUGCAAGUUCAGUGACCCCUGAGCCUCCUCAUGGCCUCCCGCUGGGUGCUGCACGAAACAGGCCAGUGAGCUCCGCAUCCAGGUUGCAAAGGAGGGCAGAGCAGGCGAGGUAGUGAACGACAGUGGAGCCGAGAGGCACCAAGCCCAGGCCUGAGCCGGAACACCCUGCCUUGCAGAAUGGACAGGGUCCCAGGGGCUGGUGAAGGGGGCUGUGUGAGCAGCGGUGGGGCUGUGAGCUAAAGGUUAGGAUGGGUAACGAGGCCUGACUGCUGGGAGGAGGCUCCCAUUCCUCUGCAUCCUGCAGGUCUCCAGUCUGAGCAGGAGCCAGUCCCGUUUUCUCUCAGUCCUCAUGAGUCUUGGUGCUAGUGAUAGAAAGGUCCUGAUCAGGAUGAAAGUAACCCAAGGCAAACAGGAACCCAUGUGAGCCCUGCCGCCUUUGGCGAGGUUUAAGAGCCACCCUGGGGGGAGUUCCUGUCGUGGCACAGUGGAAACAAAUCCAACUAGGAACCAUGAGGUUUCGGGUUCGAUCCCUAGCCUCGCUCAGUGGGUUAAAGAUCCAGCGUUGCCAUGAGCUGUGGUAUAGGUCACAGACGUGGCUUGGAUCCCACAUUGCUGUGGCUGUAGUGUAGGCUGGUGGCUACAGCUCCCAUUAGACCCCUAGCCUGGGAACCUCCAUGUUCUGCAGGUAUGGCCCUAAAAAGACAGAAAACAAAAACAAAAAAACAGCCCUGGGGAAGUGGAGAGAGGGCUGGGCACAAACGUGAAUGUGGCUGUGACUUUGGUGUGACAGCAGGUGAGAGGCUAUAGGGGAGGUGGGGUCAGAAGUGACACCUCUUUGUUUUGCCUUUUCUAGGGCCACUCCAGCAUAUGGAGGUUCCCAGGCUAGGAGUCUAAUCGCAGCUGUAGCCGCCGGCCUACACCACAGCCACAGCAACAUCAGAUCCCAGCCACAUCUGCGACCUACACCACAGCUCACAGCAAUGCCAGAUCCUUAACCCACUGAGCGAGGCCAGGGAUCGAACCCGCAACUUCACAGUUCCUAGUCUGAUUCAUUUCCGCUGUGCCUCUAUGGGAACUCCCAGAAGUGACACCUGUGCCCUUAACCUCUGAGAAGAAUGGGAGAGACCCCCACCCUCUUCCAACAGCUUCAAUCUAUGGAGAUGACUGGAUCAUCUAACUCUCAGGAGAGGGGGACAUUUUGGAUUUUAUUAGUUUUGAAGUAAAUAUAUCUAUUCAGCAAAUGCUAAUCGAGGUGUGCUGUUUGUUGAGAAGAGUGGCAGUGAUGAAAGCAGACAAUCUCAGAGCGCGCCGGGUGCUCAGAAGAAAACUGCCAGGACAGAAGCCCAGAGCCACGAGCUUCCAGAGCAAGCAGGGCCUCAUGUCGUUGCGGCAAAACUGACGUGUGUGUAGGACCACGUGACACAUGGAACUGCCUUUUUGACUAUGCAUUUUUAUGAAAUCUAAAUAUAGGUCAAGUAUUUUUAUUGAAAAUCUAGCACCCAAAUUGAGAUGUGCUCUAAACAUAAAAUAUAUGCCAGGUUUUGAAGUCUUCCUAUGAACAAAAUAUGAAAAUAUCUAAUUUUAUUGCUUUUAUGUUGAGAUAACAUUUUGUAUAAGAUUAAAUAAAAUGCUAUUAAAAUUGA